AUGAACUCAAAGGUUGACAUCCCAGCCGUUGCCAAACACUUUGGAAUCAAGAACAAUGCCGCUCGAAUGAGAUUCGAACGUCUGAGGAAGAGCCUUGACAAGAUGGAAGCUUCCACCAAAAACGAUGAUGACCAUAAGUCUCAGACCAAGGAGCAGACCGACGAUGCCAAUACCGAGGACGAGGGCGAUGCCAAGAGUGAUUAA